GUCCUCUCCGCAAAAAUCGCCUUCCUCUUUCCCCGUCGUCUCCACCAACGCCACUCCAAAUCCAGAACCGAAGGAGGAAGAGGAAGAGAGGCUAGCUAGCUAGGGUUCCGCCUCCCGCCGGCCGGAGAGAGGGAGAGAGAGGAUGACGACGGCGGCGCGGCCGACGUGGGCGCCGGCGAAGGGCGGGAACGAGCAGGGGGGCACGCGCAUCUUCGGGCCCUCCGGGAAGUACUCCUCCCGCGACCUCGCCGCCCACACCUCCCUCAAGCCCAGAAAAGAGGGACAACAAACUCAAGAGGAGGUACAGAAGAGGAAUCUUAGGGAUGAACUUGAGGAGCGUGAACGCAAGCACUUCUCAUCCAAGGAUAAGUCCUAUGUUGACGAGAGGGACCGGCGAAAAAGUUCAGGCCUGCUCUUAGAAGGUUCAAAACGGGAUGAGGAUAAGAUAGUUCCACGUGAAAUUGAUGCAGAUGACUCUGACGUGGAACUAAAAAGUGAUGAUGAAAGCGACGAUGAUGACGACGACGAUGACACUGAGGCACUAAUGGCAGAGCUUGAAAGGAUUAAAAAAGAAAGAGCCGAGGACAGGCUUAGAAAGGAGCGUCAGCAAGCAGAAGAAGAGGCCAAGAUGAAGGAGGCUGAGCUGAUGCGAGGAAACCCACUGAUCAAUAUGAAUAACUCUGGCUCCUUCAAUGUGAAGAGAAGGUGGGAUGAUGAUGUUGUAUUCAAGAACCAGGCUCGUGGAGAGACUAAGACACCGAAACGGUUCAUCAAUGACACCAUCAGAAGUGAUUUCCACCGCAAGUUUCUGCAUAGGUACAUGAAAUGAUGCUGCUGUAUGCUUUAUGUUGUCUGGACAUUAUGCAUGCUGAAAGAGCCUGUGAUGUUUCUGUAUUCUGAAGAUCGAUUUGUAUGACAUAACUGUAACAGCUACGUUAUCUUAAUGGUGAUAUGUUUACCCUGUUCCUAAGAGUAAAGAAAAGAACCCACUGCUUGUGUAUUA